AGCUCUGUAUUUGCCGAUUUCAAGGAAGCCCAGUCAGUCGGCUCUGGUCCUCGUUUGGCGGCAGCUCUCACUCCAGCUGCUCCAGCACAGUUUCCAGACAAGCUACGUUCCUUUUACUAUUCCACAAAUUCUGUGAAUGUAUCUUCGGAUCUUCGAUACACACUGUUCCAGGACCGGAGCACAGGCGUGAAACUGCCUAAGCAGGAACAGAAUGCUUGGCUGGAAAUAUUCACUGCUUACUGGAAAGCGGUGGGGGAAAUUCUGAAGGUCGAGGAGUCGCGCAGCAGCUGGGCCAAAGUAUUUGAUGCUUGGAAGGAAGUCGCCAAUGUUCUCAUUAGGGGUUACUCGAACGGCGGCCUCCAGGCCUGGACAGUGCCAUGCUUAUACGUGGUUGGACGAUACCUACGCAUAUUUGCCAUGAGGGCUGAUGCUGAGACAUCCUCGCAAGACUCAGGUUUUGGCAAUGGAUUCCAAGAUGAUGUCGUGGGGGAGUUCAACAAGAAUGUGAAGCUAGAAGAUGCCGCGCGAACAAUCAACCGGAUAUUCACUCUUUGCCUCAGUGACAGAGCCCCAAUUGAGGAAUCACGGAAAUGGGGUAUAUACGAGACUACGAACCUCUUAUUCAAGACCUACUUCAAGCUCAACUCUGUUGGGCUUUCCAAGAACGUACUUCGUGCAUUGGAUGCGUCUUCAGCCGAUAUGCCCGAGCUGGAGGCAUUCCCCAAGUCGCACAUAGUCACAUUCAAAUACUGCGUUGGGGUAAUAUGUUUCCUAGACGAGAACUAUGCUGAAGCGGAAGAGCACUUGACCUAUGCAUGGAAUCUCUGUCACAAGGAUGCCUACAAAAACAAAGAGUUGAUUCUUAUGUACCUUGUACCUUGCCAUAUGGUGACAACUCACACCUUACCUAGCAAGGACCUGCUUGGCCCAUUCCCUCGUCUCGAAAAAUUCUUCCGUCCACUGUGCACCUGUAUCAAAAAGGGGGAUCUAGUUGGCUUCGAUCAAGCCAUGUCAGCCAACGAGGACGAGUUUGUCAAAAGACGCAUUUAUCUGCCUUUGGAAAGAGGACGUGAUAUUGCUUUGCGGAAUCUCUUCCGCAAGGUCUUCCUUGCUGGAGGAUUCGAUCCGCCAAAGGAGGGCAUGCCCCCUAUUCGACGGACACGUGUUCCAGUCGCAGAAUUCGCAGCGGCUUUGCGGAUAGGGACACAUAGCGAAGCUAAAUCGCGAGUCGACUUUGAUGAAGUCGAAUGUCUCUUGUCCAAUCUGAUCUACAAGAACCUCAUGAAGGGCUACAUCGCUCGUGACCGAGGCAUUGUCGUUUUGAGCAAGAGCGGUAACGCGUUUCCAGGAACAGGCAUUUAAAACUGCGUUAGGCCUAUGGUCUAUCGCUUAUUGACUUUCAAGCAUCUCGUGGUCCCUGCUUUUGCCAGGGUCUAGCCUCACAUGUCCUGCUUAAUGAACAGCUCUGUAUUUGACAGAAAGAGCCAUGUAUUAUGAUAUGAAGACUCAUUGCAUCUC